AUGUCGGAAGAUUCAUACUAUAAUCUCGGUUCAUAUCAACUACCCGUGAAGACAAGCUCUCCAGAAUGUCAACUCUGGUUUGAUCGUGGAUAUCGUUGGGCCCAGGGUUUCAACCAUGGAGAAGCUGCCCGUUGCUUCAGGAACGCUAUUGCACAUGACGAAACUUGUGCCAUGGCAUAUUGGGGUCUUUCUUAUGCUAUUGGGCCGAACUACAACAAGGCCUGGAUUCGAUUUGAUCGCUCUGACUUGGUUAAAUCGACCACCGAAGCCCGACAGCUUCUUCAAAAAGCUCAAACAUACACUACCCAAGAAACCCCAGUGGAAUCUGCUCUAAUCAAGGCAUUGAAAGCUCGAUUUCCACAAUCGGAUGUGAUACCCGAGGACCUUCGCUCUCUAGAUCGAAGUUACGGGGAGGCUAUGCGUCCGGUGUAUGAAAAGCUUUCAGAUAAUCUGGAUAUUGCCGCUCUCACGGCAGAAGCCUUGAUGUGUUUUACUCCACGUGCUCUGUGGAACCUCAACACCGGAGAGCCUACCGGCCAUCAUACCGUACUGGCUCGUGAGAUAAUCGAGAAGGCGAUGACCCUUCCAGGGGGCACCGAACAUCCCGCGUUAUGCCAUCUCUAUAUUCAUUUGAUGGAAAUGUCCCCUUAUCCAGAAAUCGCCCUGCCCGCAGCCGAUCGGCUACGCUUUUUAAUGCCCGAGGCAUCCCAUAUGCUACAUAUGCCAACCCACAUCGAUAUCGCCUGUGGUGAUUAUCGUAGAGCCGUGGACUCGAAUCACCAAGCUAUGCUUUCCGAUGAUACGUUCUUUGCUCGGUCAGAAGGAACCAAUCUCUACAAGUUAUAUCGGGCGCACAAUAUCUACGUGAAACUGUAUAGCGCCUUGAUUUCUGGCCGCUCCAAGGAAGCGCUCUCUGCGGCAAAUCGUCUGCCUGGAAUACUUACCAGCGAGGUGCUUGCUAUUUCUAGUCCUCCGAUGGCAGAUUGGGCUGAGAGCUUUCUCGGCGCGGUUGUUCAUGUCUUAGUUCGAUUCGGUCGCUGGGGGGAAAUUCUUCAAAAUCUUCCGAUACCCGAGGACAAGCAGUUGUACUGUUCCACAACAAGUAUGAUCUAUUAUGGUCGAGGUAUUGCACUUGCGGUGCUUGGUCAGGUUGAUAAAGCCAAGCUCGAACAAACCAAGUUUGAGGCAGCGAAAGCCCUUGUACCAAGAACCCGUCUUAGUAGCCUGCCGGCACUGGAGGCCGAUGUACUGAAUGUUGCAUCGGCUAUGCUGCAAGGUGAGAUCCAGUAUAGAGAGGGAAAUUUUGAAGCUGCAUUUCGCAGCUUGCGAGAGGCCGUUGCUCUGGAAGAUACUCUCCCUUAUUCAGAUCCCCCACCUUGGUUGCAGCCAACUCGGCAUGCUUUGGGUGCCUUACUCUUAGAACAAGGUCAUCUUGAAGAAGCAGAGCUAGUAUACCGAGAGGACCUUGGACUGAGCGACAGCCUACCUAGGCGCAAAGCAAGGUUGAAUAAUGUUUGGGGCCUUCAUGGCCUUCAUGAAUGCUUGACCAAGGCCGGGAAAAUUGGAGAGGCCAAGGUUAUUGGCAUCCAGAAAGAACUAGCUUUAGCCUCUGCGGAUGUUCCCAUUUCUGCUUCAUGUUUCUGUCGUCUUUCUAUUUCACAGGGAACAAAUGGUCUCCAGCGUGAGAAAUCGGAAUGCUGUGCCUGA